UCUGGUUCCGCGGAACAGAAAAAUGGGUCGCUCCGGUUGGUUUUGACUUCCUUUCCGACCCGUCGUUGCAGUCUGAACUGUCUUGUUUGACCUGCACCAGAUUCUCUCUCCCCAUGGCUUUUCCUUUCUUUCUUUUUUGCGCGGUUUCUACGCACACUGUGUGAAGAAGAUGGGGCCGAGAGAGAGAACUAUAACUGGUCCAGGGGUCACCCAGCGAACUUCUUGCGGAGGAGUGGAGAAACAAAUCCAGUUCACCAGAUAAGAGUUUGCCACUCAUGUGGUGGAGUGGGGAAUUAAACCCGGUUCUCCAGAUUAGAGUCCACUGCUCUUAACCACUACACCACACUUGGCAGUAUAAGUACACAAAGAAACUCUCUUAACAUCUUUUGGAUUAAUUUCAAAAAAAGUGAAAACCAGUCACCACCAUUCUACAUAAGCACUGAAUCAUGAAAAUGAGAAAGAAAGGAACCAAGGCUCCCUUUCUUUAUCAAGGGAGACGUAUAGCUGGUGCAAGACGUCAAAACAAGGGCCCCAUAUCCUUUAAGGAUAUAGCUGUAUAUUUCACGGAGGAGGAAUGGGAUCUGCUGGAUCUUGACCAAAGGGAUCUUUAUAGGGAAGUGAUGUUGGAGAACUAUGAGACUGUGGCCUCUUUGGGAUCUUGCGUCUGCAAACCUGACCUCAUUUCCUGGCUGGAGAAAAUGGAGAUGUUUGCCCAAGACUCUAAGGACACGAGGAGCUCAACAGUUUUGGGGCCGGCUGACAAAAGCUCAGCGAAGCUGGAAGAAGUUCUGAUGGCGGCACUGCAGGUUAUCGUCCUGUGCCUGAGAAACUCCCUUGUUCUCUCUUGCGCUUACAUGCGUCGAAUGCGGGAAAACUGCAGGUCCUUAUCCCUAGCAAACCAAAGGUCAAGGACAAGGUGGAGAGCUCUGUGCGGCAACACGGCUCGCUACUCGUGCCGGGCACGAAUGUAUUGGUAUGUCCUCGUGGGGGUGCCUGUGCCCCAUCAUUAUUGGAUGUACCCGAGGAGCACAGGCUGGUGGGAGAAGAUCGUGCUUGGACUCUGGGGGGACGAUCAAUGGCUGCACAAAUUCCGGAUGACCCAGCAGACGUUUUUCGAAAUUGUAUCCGUGUUGAAAGGACAGUUGCUGCGGCAGAGGACCAGCAUGCGCGAGCCAAUUCCUGUGGAGAAGCGCAUCGCAAUUGCCAUCUGGUACCUGGCCAAUCGGAACACCUACAGGGAAGUCCAAGAACAGUUCGGAGUUGGACUGUCUACAGUUGGGGAAAUAAUCACCGAAGUCUGUUUCGCGUUGGAGAUAGAGCUGUAUCUCAAGACUGUUUGCCUGGAUCCUGAUGUCACGAAGGUAAUGGAUGGAUUCAGUCGCCUGGGGUUUCCUCACUGCGUUGGCGCCUUAGGCGGAAUGCACCUCCCAAUUCGUUACCCCUGGAGGAGGAUCGACAAGAAAUACUCUUCCAUCCUGCUGCAAGGGACCGUGGACCACACCGGGCGAUUCAUUAAUGUAGAGAUGGGAUGGACCGGGAGGAACCAUGACGCUUUUGUCUUUUGCAACUCCGCACUCUGCACUGCCAUGGAUGCUGGAGCGUACGUUCCAGGGAAUCCCACCUUGCAUUUGGAAGGAGUGUCUGUCCCUGCACUCAUAGUGGCAGACGGAGCAUACCCCGUAAGGCGCUGGUUGAUGACGCCAUUUGGUCAGGGCCUGGAUAGGCGCGAGAGGAACUUUGAUGAUGCUUUAUGUCGGGCACACAGUGUGGUGGAGGGUGCCUUUGGCCGGCUCAAGGCUCGUUGGCGGCGCCUCUCUUUGCCCCUCAACGGGUAUCAGAAGAACGUGACUGCCACGGCAAGAGCCUGUGUCAUCUUGCACAAUAUUUGUGAGGAAAAGGGACAUGCAAUAUUGGAGGAAGACUCUGAGCAGGGCCCUACCUUGAAGGACCACUUUGAUCCCAAACCAACCACGUCACCUGCUCAGGCUUCUCUGGACUCUGACAUGAAUGACAGCCGCCAUUUAGAUGAGGGAAAGGCUGUCAGGGAAGUCAUGGCCAACUUCUUGAUGGUAAACCCGCAAUGCUGAAAGCGUGUGCGUGUAGCUUUUUCCUCUUUAUCCUUCUGUAUGUAGCACUUCACAUCAAUAAAAGCUGUACUUUUGUCUU